UUAACAGAAAAUUCGGUAAAUAGUCUAUUUUCACGUACAUGUAAUGGCAGAAAGCUCGUCCCGAUUGGUAGAAAUCACUGUUCUCUCUGCAGAAAACCUAGAAGCAAACCGAAAACCCUUCAAAAGAAACUCCUGUGUCACUAUCCGGAACGACGCUCCCAUCUCCGCGACGCGGUUGUACCGGACGGCGGAGACGGACUGUGAAGGCGGCGGUCAUAGGUGGAACGAAAAGCUCGUGAUUGAGCUUCCAUCUCAGGCCAGGAAUCUGAUAGUGGAAGUACAUAGCAAGAAUGGUGCGAGAACCAUCGGAGCGGCGAGCAUUCCAGUGUCGGAUUUCAUCGGUGGAUGGGUGCCUGAGAACUACUUGCAUUUUCUUAGUUACAGGCUAAGGGAUGAAAGAGGUGUGAGGAAUGGGAUUGUGAAUAUUUCAGUGAGGAUAAAGGUGCCGGAAGGUGUGGCAUCGACUUACGGGAAGAGGUUUAACAGUGGGUGUGCUACGUCAUCGUCACAUACCACCUUGAUAUAUCCGGCUGGGGAUAACAGUGGCGUCGCAACUGGGGUUCCGGUGAAUUGGAAUAGUUAUCCUCGAAUUCAAUAUUAGUCAUUGUCAUAGGGGCCAGGGUCCACGAUCACGAAAAUGUUUUCACAAUUUUACAUGUAACAAAUUGGUUUAUUUCUAUUGCAGGCAUCGGUAUAAGCUUAUGCCAGCUAAAUGAGCUAAUUUGAUUACUCGACCUAAUUAGGUAUAAUAAAGGAAAAAAUCACACUCGACCUAAUUAUAUGUGUACGUAUGAUGAUGAAGAUGAAGAUGAUAAGAAACUUCAAGAGUUUAAGGUGAUUGAUUGAUACGUUUAAGUCAUCGAAAGUGACGAAGUGCAACAAUGAUCGAGUAACAACAGCCAAAUGGCUUACUCAUUUUUGUUGAAUA